AUGGUGAAUCUCCAGAAUGAAUUGGCAAAGAAAAAGGGUUCCAUGUGGAUCAACAUGACCGCUUCUGAAGACGACACUCGAGAUCUCAGUUCACUCUUGCACCAAUAUGCCAAUGCAAUUCGAGAUUAUGCCUUUUUCUCUGGUCUCCAAGCCAUUACCGGAUCCCAUGCACAAGAAAAGCGUCGAGAUCUCACACAUGCCUUUCCCGAGAUUGCCGGCUUACCAGGUGACCCAUUCAACUCAGCUUAUCGUCGUCUCCCCGAUCAAUCACUGAUACCAGUUGACCCUUUAAGAAAAUGGCUCAAAGCGCGGCUACCAUCUCGAUUGACAUACACGAAACGGGAGCAACUGUUUCGUACAGAUGAGUAUCUCAAAAGCGAGCCGCCAGAACAAGUUUCUCCCUUCGUGGAUAAGCUAGCUCGAUUUAUGGUCGCCUUCGCGGGUGGAUUGAGUCUAAUAGGCCCUAUGCUGAUCAUGAGAAUUGGGGAGAAUUUGACCAAGAGUCUAGUGACAACAAGUGUGGCUGUGGUAUUGUUUUCUGGAAUUACAAGUUUAGUUCUUCGCGCAAAUAAUACGGACACCGUAGCAGCCACUGCAACAUAUGCAGCAGUACUUGUGGUUUUUGUUGGGACGAGUGGUAGUUAG